AUGCGCUCAUUCACAUUGCGGCUGGCUGCCGUCGUGAGCCUAGUCCUCACCCUCAUUAGCUUCAUCCUAGCCGCCGUUACGCUUUUCGCCGGUCGCGAUGCCGGCACUCUCGAAAACUACGCCGUCCUACGCGUCAAUGUAUCCAUGGCCCCCAAGGCUGUGCUACAGCUCGGCAUCGAUCAAUUGACCGGGGGCGGCCAAAACAGCCUACGCCUGCGCAGCGACGAUGGCUGGCUCGACAACCUCGAGUCCGGUCUGCAAGGCUUUCUCGACGACGUUGCGAAGAACAUCACCAACGUGAUCACGCAGGGUGUAGAUGGCUUCGUCAACGAUGCCGCCGCGGAAGCAAAGCGCCGACUGAAUAUUUCCGACUGGUACUCUCUGCACGUCCUGAGCACCUGCCAGGGCGAGUUCACGCCAAACGCCACGGUGAGAAAUCCAGGCCACCACACGACAAGCUGCACAGGCGACGUAAGGCAUCGCUUCAAUAUUGCCAAGAUAUUGGACCGGCAAUUUCAAAUCGGAAACCGCAACGUCAGUCUCGGCGACCUGAACGGGACAGACUCGGUCCGAGAUCAGGUCGAAGGCAUCAACGACAACCUCUACGCACUGGUCAUUCUCCUAUCCCUUGCCUUUGGCCUCAUCGGUGCCGCCCUCUUCUCCACCACCGGAACCAUUGCCUGGCCGACCAGGAAGAGCCUCGUGCUCGUAACGCUCAUCCUGACCGCGCUCGCCGGCACCAUCAUCGCCGGCGCCAGCAUCGCCGUGACGGUGCAGACUGCGCGGUCAAUACGGGAACUGAACCAGCAAACGGCAAGGAUCGGAAUCGUGGCCUCGCGCGGCGGGCCGUUUCUGGCCAUUCUAUGGACGUUGAUGGCUUUCACGACCAUUGUCGCGCUUACUUGGCAGGUCUUGUACGUUCUGGUAAGGCGGGAUGCGCGGCGGGCGGAACUUGUCAAGUACUCGGCCAAGAAUGGUGCGUCGCGGCAAGUGGCCGCUGGGUCGGAGCAACUGGCGCAACGAGAGAAGUAG